GUGAUUCUCUGACUACGAAGAUAAUGUGAUUAUCCUUUGAAGAGCUUUAGUGUUUGUUUUCAGCUUUUUUGUUGUUCACUUGAUUCGUGGCUCUGUUUUGAGCUUUAAAGUAGAAGAUGUUCGGGUUCUCUCGUAGGCAUAAGAAACUUGGCAGCAGAUUGAAGGUUCAGCUUUCUGACACCACCCAGGGAACUAGAAGUCCCAUUAGGCACCCCAAGCGAAAUGUGAACUCCAGUGGUGAUGGAGUUGGAGAGAAAAGUGGUCAUUCUGAGGAAAUUGAUUACCACUUUUCAUCUGCUGCGCCUGAGAUAAGUACUUGUGCUUCAGGAAGCUCUGAGAAUUGGAUGGUGUUGUCAAUUGCUGGGGAUAAGCCCACUCCUCGGUCCUAUCAUGCAGCAGCUGUCAUUGAGAAUAAGAUGAUUGUGGUUGGUGGUGAAUCCGGGAGUGGAUUGUUAGACGACGUGCAGGUGCUGAAUUUUGACAGAUUUUCAUGGACAGCAGCUUCGUCUAAGCUUUACUUGUCGCCGAGCAGUUUGCCAUUAAAGAUUCCAGCUUGCAAGGGUCAUUGUUUGGUUUCUUGGGGGAAAAAAGCACUCCUCAUUGGGGGCAAAACAGACCCAGGAAGCGACAAAAUUUCUGUAUGGGCCUUUGAUACAGAGACAGAGUGCUGGUCACUCAUGGAAGCAAAGGGAGACAUACCGGUUGCUCGCAGUGGUCACACUGUUGUUAGGUCUAACUCUGUUUUAAUAUUAUUUGGGGGAGAAGACGUUAAAAGGAGGAAAUUGAAUGAUCUACAUAUGUUUGAUCUCAAGUCCCUGACAUGGCUUCCACUUCACUCCACGGGAACAGCACCUUCUCCAAGAUUCAACCAUGUGGCAGCUCUUUAUGAUGGUAAAAUUCUACAUAUAUUUGGAGGGGCAUCAAAAUCCAGGACCUUGAAUGACUUGUAUUCACUUGACUUUGAAACGAUGGCAUGGUCAAGAAUAAAGAUACGUGGUUUCCAUCCAUCACCUAGAGCUGGUUGCUGUGGUGUUUUAUGUGGCACUAAAUGGUAUAUUACAGGGGGUGGAAGCAAGAAAAAACGACAUGGAGAGACUUUGAUAUAUGAUAUUAUAAAAAGCGAAUGGUCUGUGGCAAUUGCAUCGCCACCAGCUUCUAUCACUACCAACAAGGGUUUUAGCCUAGUACUGAUGCAGCACAAGGAAAAGGACUUUCUUGUUUCAUUUGGGGGAUCCAAAAAAGAGCCAUCAAAUCAGGUGGAAGUGUUGAUAACAGAAAAGGAUGAAUCAGCCCUGGGAAGACAACCAACUUCUACCAAAGGUCCAAGAUCUAUACUACUUGAAAAGCAUUCAUUAUCUGAUGGAUUGGCCUCUCAACUUAAAAAUGUCUCUUCCCAACGGUUGAUUAACUCUGUUGUUCUACAAAAUCUUGCAUCUGCAAUUGAACAUGGUUCUGAAAGGAAAUCUCUGUCAGAAUCCCUGCAAGUACAAGAUUCCAAUUCUCUCCCUACCAACACCUCUCUUCGUAGGCAAUUUGAUCAUCAUGAAGAAUACGAUGCAGAUGUUAGGAUUGACAAGCAUUCAGAAGAUGAAAGUUCUUUCCCUCUGGCAGAUAGUCACAGAACUAAUCAAAAUGACCCUAGAAAUCACAUGAGCAUAAGUGGAGCCAAGACCAACAUGGAGGAACAGGUGUUGGUAUCUGGGAGUUCAAAUAAAAAAAAUAUAGGUUUUGAAAACCCCAUGCCAGAAAGUGAUGAUUUGUCAUUCCCUGAAAACAGUAAAUCAGGAGCACUGCCCACUGCUUCAAAUAUCCAUCUUUAUUAUGAAACUAAGUUGACUUCCCUAAUAAGAAAAUUUGGCAUUCUGGAGGGACAGUUGGCAGCUGCAUUGACAAGCAGAGAAGCUGCUGAUAAAAGCUUAGCAUCUGCCUUUAAAACCAGGCAGGAGAUGGAGAAAAAAUUGGCUGACACACUGAAGGAGAUGGAAUCACUGAGAGAGAAGGUAGCUAGUGCAGAGUUAGCCCAAGAAGAAGCUAGCAACCUAUCCAACAUGGUCCACUCUGACAAUGUAAGGCUUGAGCAUGAUGUGGCUUUCCUCAAGGCUGUUUUAGAUGAUACACAGAAGGAGUUGCACUCUACCAGAGGGGUUCUUGCAGCAGAAAGAACCAGGGCAUUCCAAUUACAGGUUGAAGUUUUUCAUCUCAAACAGAGACUUCAAUCAAUGGAAAACCGUGCACCUACUCCCAGGAAACCUUUUCAAGUGUAGUGAAGUUUUUGAAUGGUCAAUGAUGGCUAUAAACUUCAGC